AUGUUGUCUGAACCUGUUAUACCUCCCGAUCAUAAAAGGCAGGCGCCAUCGAUGUUGUCUGAACCUGUUAUACCUCCCGAUCAUACAAGGCAUGCGCCAUCGAUAUUGUCUGAACCUGUUAUACCUCCGGAUCAUAAAAGGUAUACGUCAUCGAUAUUGUCUGAGCAUGUUAUACCUCCGGUUAUACCUCCUGAUCAUAAAUGGCAUGCACCAUCGAUAUUGUCUGAACCUGUUAUACCUCCUGAUCAUACAAGGCAUGCACCAUCGAUAUUGUCUAAACCUGUUAUACCUCCUGAUCAUAAAAGGUUUGCGCCAUCGAUAUUGUCUGAACCUGUUAUACCUCCCGAUCAUAAAAGGUUUGCGCCAUCGAUAUUGUCUGAACCUGUUAUACCUCCCGAUCAUAAAAGGUUUGCACCAUCGAUAUUGUCUGAACCUGUUAUACCUCCCGAUCAUAAAAGAUUUGCGCCAUCGAUAUUGUUUGAGCCUGUUAUACCACCCGAUCAUAAAAGGCCAAUUUUGUAA